AUGGCAAAGCCCUUCUGGGUACUCCUCGCAACUGUCAUUCUUUUGGCCUUCUUAGUUGAUUCCUACUCGAUACCAAAACGGUCCCAUGAGUUACAACAUCGAGCUAACCUCUCUACCACCCCUCUGAGAUUUUCACCUCUUUGUGUGCCAUGCACCGCCGCUGUUUGGACUAUGUGGCUCUUAAAGUUCUGUUCGUACUUCAGGCUCGCCAUGAAACUGGAUAUGACCGAACCUGUUGUACUAGAGUUUGCGUCUUUGAUCUGUAAAUUGGUAGCGAAACAGAGUUGGGUUGUCUGUGAUGGCAUUACGACACAGUUCCGUGACGAGUUCUUCUACGUAUUCCGACGCCUGGCCGACAAAAGUCCAUCCGAGAUCUGUGGCCUAAUUUUGGACGAGUGCGCUGAUCCAAAUGAUCCUGAUGAGUCCGGUUGGACAGUUGCACUUCCGCCAAAGCCUACAAAGGAGGUCCAAGCGUUGCUUGACAAGAAGAAAGCCCAGUUCGCCCAGCCAGCUGUACCUGCCCAGCGAUACUUUCGAGUACUGCAAUUGUCCGAUAUGCACGUGGAUUUCGAAUACGAACCCGGAUCAGAAGCAGAAUGUGAUCUGCCCAUUUGCUGUCGACCUACAACGGGGACGCCACAGAAACCAGCUGGAUACUGGGGUACCGUCGGUAGAUGUGACAUCCCUUAUCGUACACUCAGGAAUAUGCUGGAGCAUAUCAAGUCUACUCAUGAGAUUGACUACAUUAUGCUGUCAGGAGAUUUCAUUAAUCAUGCAGAUUGGUCGUAUUCAAAGGACGAACAUGUGGGAGCGCUGAGGAACGUUAGCGCUUUGAUCCGUCAGUUCUUCCCCAUGACUCCAACCUACUGGGCAAUUGGUAACCAUGAAGGAGUGCCCGUGAAUAGUUUUGCUCCACAUUUCGUCGACGAGCGGUUCUGGCCUAUAUGGUUGUACGAAGAAUUCCUGAACAUGAGCUCUCCAUGGCUCAAUGAUGAGGCUUCAAAAGCCGUGCUUUACCGUGGCUCCUAUUCCGUUAAAGUCAUAGAUGGAUUACGCCUUAUUUCGCUAAAUACGGGAUUCUGUGAGAAUACUAACUUUUUCCUUUAUCUGAAUCAAAGUGAUCCAGAUGGAACGAUGUCCUGGUUCGUCACUGAGCUUUUCAAGGUUAGUUUGAAACGAAUGUCAAUUGUGAUACAGUCGAUUCGGUUUGCUGAUACCGUCAAGGCUCAAUUCUUCGGUCAUGUCCAUUUUGAUCAUUUCACAGUGUUCUAUGAAGAUAUGCACAACAUCUCGUCCACGCCCAUUGGGGUCCUCUAUGCUGCUCCCAGUGUUACGACAUUUGCUGACAUGAAUCCUGCUUAUCGCAUUUAUGAAGUUGAUUAUUCUGAUGAAUUUAAGGUCGUGGAUAUAAAGAAUUUCUAUGCUGACCUGAACAAGGCUGAUGAGAACAAACCUCCAAAGUGGGAGCUGCUCUACACUGCUAAGGCGAAGUAUGGUUUGAGGGAUCUUUCCCCGACUAGUUGGAACAACGUGGUAAAUUCCAUAUUCCAAGAAGCACGUACAGCAAGAAAGUAUAUCCGGAGUGCGUUCCGUACGAGGAAACCCGCAUGUGAUACCGAAUGCCAACUGAAUCUGCUAUGUUUGCUACGGAUGGGCCAUCAUAACUCGACCCUUUAUUGCCCACAAACUCUUCCACAGAGACGGGUUGUACUCACCAGUGAGAACACGGGAUGA